CUAACUACACAGAAGGUCCUAGCACCCCAUCCAGGUCUCCGUUCUUCCUAGACAAAGACUUGCAUCUCAAGGGUUAAGGCAGCCUUGACGCAAGGAUCUAUUGUUCAACAAGCCGGAGAGCCAGUUGGUGACAAGAGGCAGAUGCUGAUGAGGGACCAUGUGAGGCUGGUGCUGUGAAUGGGGCUUUAUUACUGUGUGGGAUCCCUGCCCUCUGCCACUAUCCUUGCUGCCAGCACUAGAGGCGAGCACAGCUCAGCUGAGGGAUGUUGUGCCAAUCUGAUCCAGGAGCCCUAAUGCAGCUAAGCUUUGACGGAUAAGGCAGGUACUCGUACAAGACAGGUGCACCAUAGCACCAGGGGCAAGCUUGCUGAGGGAAGAUCCAAGACUGCAGCACCAAUAUGUGCCAGGAUCCCCGUGAGCUUGGAAGCAAAUGAGCUACAAGGCUGAAGCAGCUUUUCACUUUUGGCUUCAAGAGAGGAGUCCUACAUUUCUCCUGUGCUGCACUUGCGAUAGCAUACAGUAAUACACGGGCUGCAGGCUUUUGUCUCUGGCACUGUUCCCUCACAUAGGAAGAAAAAGUGAAGGGUGCUGCCCUCUCCUGCUGGGAAAUGUCACACCCAUCCAGGCUUGCCAGCUGAAGCGGCAGCUCCAUCUACAAGACCCACCUUUAUGUAGGAGCCAAUCCAGUGUCCACCAUGCCUGAAUUAGAGCCGCUGGGUGUGCCCAGACCCCCAGCCAACGCCAGCCAGAUCCAGAGGAAUAUCCUGGAGGAACAUGUGGAGCUAUGGUGGUUCCAGGAGCCCAGAAAGUCAUUUGUCUGCUAUGGGGUAGCUGUGGCUCUGAUCCUUGCCUGUGGGGUAGGUGGCAUUGCACUGCUCUAUAGUACAAGCAGCCGCUCUGGGGAAUGGAGGCUGGCAGUGGGCACAACACUCUGCCUACUGGCACUCUUGGUCUUACUGAAGCAGCUGCUGAGCUCAGCCAUCCAGGACAUGAAUUGCAUUCGCAGCCGAGAGCAAGUUGCACUACUGAAGAGCGGCGGUGCCUCCGACUGUGCAGUGCUGCUCCUGACAGCCCUGGUGCUGCUGGUGUGUGGCACAGUCCUCACUGUGCUUUCCACCACCAGCGUUGGCAGCAACCCAACUGCCCAACGCCCCCUUACCAGCAUGUUUGUCAGCGGCAUCGUGCUCACAGCCUCUGGGGCUAUCAUCCUGCUCAGCCUGCUGCUGUAUUUGAUGUGGACUUCUUGUUGCUCAGCUGUACCUCCAUACCGGGACGCUGGGGACAACAGCACCCUCUUCACCAUCUCGGGACACAUCUCAGCCGACCGGCGGCUCGCUCCUACCUCUAGCACAGCAAAUCUCAUUUAACCCUCAAGUAAAUGGCUAGUGGCUGCCACCACCUUUGACUGCAGGGUGGACCUCUCAUAUUGGACUAGCAUUUGCACUUUACGACAACCAGCCUGGCCCAGAUACGUCUUCCUGUGCUGCACUCAGCAAUGUGCCGGAAUUUCUGCUGCAGAGCUGUACUGCCAAGAUAGCAGCCUGGGCUUGUUGGCCAGAGACCACAACACAAAGAUGUUUUUGCUACUGAGUGCUGGGAGAUAAAGGUGUGGAAAUAGUCGUCGUUCCAAAGAAUGGCUUUUCCAGCACAACAGUGAAAAUGGUACUAGAGGCUGUUCAAUUUGGAUAGUUAGGGUGUCUCACACACAAACGUUCGUUUCACUCAUUAGUUUCCCCAACAUUUCUGAAGUGGCACCAGGCAUUACCCCAACCUCUUAAUAUUUAUCUUUGCAGCCCCAAGGUCUACUUACUUUUACAAAAAUGAAUGAUGCAAUUAUACGGAAAUGGAAUUUGGUGCCCAAA